UGGUGUUCGUGCCCAAUACCGCUCUGAACACAUCCGGUCGGCCCUUCACACCUUCUGUGCUUGAGCCGAGCACAGAACACCAUUCAUGGGCGACCCCGGGUCAGCAUCCUCUAUCAAGAGGAUCGCAGUGAUAGGGGCCGGUCCUGUAGGGGUGUCGUGCGCCAAGUAUUUGCUUGCUGAAAACGUCUUUGACACCAUCGACAUUUAUGAGCAGCGUGACGGCGUGGGUGGAAUUUGGAAUCUCUCUGUGCCAGAACGGUCCAGGCACAUACCGGUACCACAGACCGACCCACGAUAUGGCCAGAAGGUGCAGGACGACAGUUCCCUGGAAUUCGAGUCUCCCCUCUACGACUAUCUAGAGACGAAUAUUCCUAAGCAGUUGAUGGCUUUCUCUGAUGUGCCGUUCCCGGAAGACGAUCCGCUGUUUCCGAGUCACCAGGCCGUCCUCAGAUAUCUCGAGAAAUACGCCCAAGAUGUGAAACAUCUGAUUCGAUUCAGCACCGCUGUAACAGACAUCAGACUGGUCGUUGACCAAGCCACCGGACAAGAACGAUGGAACGUGGUUGCGCAGGGCCUCACGCGAAAAAAGACCACAAGCGCAUUUUACGAUGCGGUAGUCGUGGCUAAUGGUCACUAUACUGUGCCAUACGUUCCCGACAUCAAAGGCAUCGCCAAAUGGAAUGCGACAUACCCCGAAGUCAUCAUCCAUUCAAAGGCUUAUCGGAGGCCAGAGGACUUCAAGGACAAAAAAGUCCUUGUCAUCGGAAACUCGGCUUCCGGUCUCGAUAUCGCCACCCAGAUAGCCAAAUACUGCAAGGGUCCUGUCCUACUCUCUGCACGGUCGGUCUCCGCAUUUGGUACCCUGCCUCCAGCAGAAUGGCGAGAGGAUGUGGACGAAGUUGUCGACUUUCUAUCACAAGAGGAAGGCAACAGAGCCGUAAGGUUCCGAAGUGGCAGAAUAGUGAAGGACCUCGAUUCAAUUGUCUUUGCAACGGGAUAUUUCUACACAUUCCCUUUUCUCUCAGGGCUGUUGCCACCUAUCGUCACCGAUGGCUUGCGGAUUCGAGGCUUGUAUCAGGACUUGUUCCACAUCGAACAUCCCACGCUUGCAUUUCCCGUUGUCAACCUGAAAGUCAUUCCGUUCCCACUCUCUCAGAACGAGGGUGCGCUUAUCGCCCGUGUCUGGAGUGGACGACUUGACAUUCCCCCGACGUUAGAGAUGAAGCAGUGGGAGCUUGACAAGAUUAGUCAAAAUGGUGAUGGCAAGCACUUUCAUCUCAAAAAGUUCCCUCAGGAUGCAGCACAAGUGAAUGAGCUCUAUGCAUGGGCCGAGAAGGCGCGAAGGAGAGAGGGGUUGGAAAAUGACGGCCAGGGAAAGUUAGGGACCAGAUGGGAUGAGCGCCAGGUUUGGAUGAGAUCUCAAUUUCCUAACAUCAAAGCAGCAUAUGCCAAAAGAGGAGAAGCCAAAUUGAAGGUCAGGACGAUGGAAGAACUUGGGUUUGACUUUGAUGAAUGGAGGAAGACUGCGCAACAGAAAGAUCUAGACAUGUUCCGGGAAGCAAAGUGCUGAUCAUAGACUUACAGAGACACCACAGAGACCACCUGUUUGUCACAAUGAAGAGGUACCUCAUAUAGAAAAGACGUCUCUUUCAACUUGGAGUCCUGUGAAACUAGGACGGGACUUCAGGAUCUUCAAGACACAGUGAAGUGCAACCGUGCAAGAGGCUCGUCUUUUCAGUCCUGCCUCACAACAUCGUUAAGGUAAGCACGAGACAGACACUUUCACUGUCGUUGUAGGAAACCGACCUUUUGACCUCCUUUCU